CAUCGUCCGGCGUGUAAGAAGAGUUUCAUGAAAAGAGGAGACGGGGCCUGGCCGUGUUUCCCGGUGUGUGAUUCCCAGGAUUUCAUGAUGCAGCAGACCAUGUUAAGGGUGAAGGACCCCCAGAAAUCCCUGGAUUUCUACACCCGUGUCCUGGGCAUGAGGCUGCUCCAGAAAUUUGACUUCCCCUCCAUGCGUUUCUCCCUGUACUUCCUGGGAUAUGAGGACAAGAAGGAGAUUCCCGUGGACGUGAAGGAGCGGACAGCCUGGACCUUCUCCCGCCGAGCCACCCUGGAGCUCACACAUAACUGGGGCUCCGAGUCCGAUGAGAACCAGUCUUAUCACAACGGCAACUCCGACCCCCGUGGCUUCGGUCACAUUGGGAUCGCGGUGCCUGAUGUCUAUGCUGCCUGCAAGAUGUUCGAGGAGGAGGGGGUCACGUUCGUGAAGAAGCCAGACGAAGGCAAGAUGAAGGGCCUGGCCUUCAUACAAGAUCCCGACGGUUACUGGAUUGAGAUCCUCAGCCCCAACACCAUGGUUUCCAUCACCUCCUAGAGGAGGGGCAGGGGGCACAGAGAAGAGGGGUCAAGGGGUGGAGAGGGGCGCAGUAGGUCACCUGGGCGGGAGCCCCUCUGGACGCUGGCCAGCCGGAAAGCUGUAGUUGUGUUACUUUUUCAGCAGGAGCUCCGGCUAUGUGCCCAGUUCCUGGAGCUCUGUAGUAGCGCCUGUGUACAGUAAAUUAAAUCUCUGCUGGUGCUGUUGAAUGUG